AUGACGACGCUGGCGGUGCGGCGCCGUGUGGUGUGCGCCCUGGCGCUCCUCGCGCUGCUCUGCGGCUGCUGCGCCUCGUUCGUCUGCGGGGCGAAUCCUGAGGAGGUGAAUGUGUUGUUGGAGGUGUCGUGCCCGAACGAAAAAAAGAAGUUGCGUUGGCGCGUUGCUGGUGAGGAAACGUGGCAGAAUUGUUCAUUCGGUGUGAAUGAUAUGUUUGGUUUGAGUGGAAAGUAUGGCAGCCCGAGUGAUUCCGUCUGCGCCUGGGCCGUGUUUAUGUACCCGAGUCCCGUCCGUUAUCCCGGGCGCAGUGGAUCCGCAGCGACGGACGCUGUUGCCUUGACGCUGAAGUGCGGGACGGAUAACAACAGCGGAGUGUACAAGCGGUGGCUAAUCGCAAAUAAAAGUAACACCGACCAACUUGCUGCUGCUGCGGGCAGCGAUCCACCUGGCACGCUAACGCGCUGCACCACGCAAACGUCCAGUGGGGAAGCAUGCGGAGAGGUGGUGGAGGAGGAUGAGGAGGAGGACGAGGAGGAGGAGGAGGAGGAGGAGGAGGAGACGCAGCGGGGGGGAGAUCCAACCGGAGCCGAGGGCAGGAAGACAGAGACGGCGCCCGCAAGCCGCGGAGGAGGGCCACAGCGGCCGCAGGGGGGAGAUGCAGGCGCCGCAGGGGACGAUCAGGGUGUCGGCGCCGAAGGCCCUACCGCACGGAACCACGCGGAGAACACUGCGGCCCCGUCGGCAGCCGCGGCGGCCAGCCAGCCGCACGAGAGCGGAGGGACGCAAACGCCCCCAACCUCUCAAGCCGAAUCCGGCGCGUCCAGCCCCGCCCCUCCCGCCGGCGGCAGCGAUGCAACCACCACUACUACUGCAACAGCAACCACCAGCACUUCGAGUGAUGGGAGCCACGCGAAAAGCAAAGCGGGCGGCAGUGCCACCAACAGCAACACCACUCAGAACGCCGUGGCAAAUGCUGCGGAUCGCAGUGCCACCUCCACUCCGUUUGUGUGUGCGCCUCUCAUGCUGCUACUCACGGCCGCCCUUGCCUGUGCUGCUGGGUAA